CAUUUUUUAUCAAACUGACAAUAUGUACAAGGGAUUUAUAGAUUUCCUUGCUGUGCACGUCAACUAUGACUGUAAAUUGGAAACAAACUUGCAGGAAGAAUUUUUAAAGAUACAGGGAGCCAUGUUUAAUGAUGUGCCAGUUUUGAUCUACGAGUUGCAUGGUGAAGGCUGUAGCUCAGCAUAUGACCAUCAGUUCCAGCCCCUAGCCAGUUUACUGAAAGCUCUGCAACAGAAUGAACUGAGGAUCAUGGGAUGUGACAUCGUUGACAUCUUUGACCAACUGACUGUGGAGAACAACUCACAAGGUCAACUGAGUGAGCUCAAAGCUUCAGAGAAGGCUGCUGCUGAGAGCUCUAAGACUACAGUGAACGACCAUUCGCUGUUCUCAUCUUAUCAGACUGUUUGGGCAAAGUUUUCAGACCAACCAGUGUCUGAAAAAGACCUUUUCCUCAAUAGUACCUUUCCAGAUGGUUUUCAGUGGGGCACGUCCAGCGAAUCAUUCAAGGUGGAAGGUGGCUGGGCAGAACACGGAAAGGGAGAGACAAUCUGGGAUCGGUUUUCCCACGAGGGGAAUGUCUUCCAGAACCAGACAGCUGACCUGGCUUGUGACAGCUACAAUAAAAUCGAUUAUGAUGUUUACCUCUUGAGAGGCCUCCACAGCAAGACGUACCAGUUCUCCAUUUCUUGGGCUAGAAUCUUCCCCACUGGCCACAAUAGCAGCUUAAAUGAGAAAGGUGCUCUUUAUUAUGACAAACUAAUUGACGGUCUUCUGCAGUCCAACAUUGAGCUAGUAGUGACUCUCUAUCACUGGGACCUGCCUCAGGUCCUGCAGGACCAGGGUGGCUGGCAGAACGAAUCCAUCAUACAAGCAUUCAAGGAAUAUGCAGACUUUUGCUUUUCUAGGUUUGGAGACCGUGUGAAAGUUUGGAACACUUUCAGCAGCCCUUGGGUUGUUAGUUAUGCAGGAUAUGGUACUGGACAACACCCUCCUGGAAUCUCAGACCCAAUAAUUGCUUCCUACCAGGUAACUCACAUGAUAAUCAAAGCCCACGCUGAGGUCUGGCAUGUUUAUAAUAACAAAUACCGACCUCUCCAAGGAGGAAAAGUGGGCAUUGCCUUAAAUUCUAACUGGGCAGAGCCCAAGAAUUCUUCCAGCCCUCAGGAUGUGGAGGCUGCAGAGCGCUACCUGCAGUUCAUGCUGGGCUGGUUCGCUCACCCUCUUUUCGUCAAUGGUGAUUAUCCAGAAAUACUGAAAAAACAGAUUGAGCAGAAAAACCAGGAAUGUCCCCAGAAAGAGCUGGCUAGGCUUCCACUUUUUACUGAAGCAGAGAAGUUGAAAAUUAAAGGAGCAGCUGAUUUCUUUGGACUCAACCAUUACACAUCUCGGCUGAUCAGUUCCAGCCCUAAAGUCUGCAACCCAGGACCACAUAAUGUGGGGGAUUUCAAAGAGGAUGUUGAUCCCUCUUGGCCAAAGACUGCCUCUCCCUGGAUUUUCUCAGUCCCAUGGGGGAUUCGACGGCUCCUAAAUUUUAUAGCCGCAGAAUACACAUCUGCCUCUAGAGUUCCCAUUUACAUAACAGGAAAUGGAAUGCCAACAGAAUACAACGGAGAGGUUCUCAAUGAUACACAGCGUAUUCAUUUUCUUAACAGUUACAUUAAUGAAGCUUUGAAGGCGAUACAGAUAGAUGGAGUGGAUGUGAGAGGCUUCACUGUGCAGUCACUGAUGGAUGGUUUUGAAGGCCCAGAAGGUUAUAGUCAGAGGUUUGGUUUGCAUUAUGUAAACUUUGAAGACAUUAACAGGCCAAGAACACCAAAAAAAUCUGCAUAUUUCUAUUCACAAAUCAUUGAAAAUAAUGGAUUUAUAAGCAGAAAAGACAAGAUAUUGCCCCAAAAUCUUAUUUCUCAACCUAAGGUUACCAAGCUGCCUGGUCUACCUCCAUCUGAUGUUCCCUCAAAAGCUAAGAUUGUCUGGGAGAAGUUUUCUCGCCAAUCUAAAUUCGAGAGGAAGCUUUUCCACUAUGGAACCUUCUCAGAAGAAUUUCAGUGGGGUGUGUCAACCUCAGCCUAUCAGAUCGAAGGUGCAUGGAAUACUGAUGGGAAGGGACCAAGUGUUUGGGACACUUUUACACACAAGCCCAACAGCAUCAAGAACAAUGACACUGGGGAUGUGGCCUGUGAUAGCUACAAUAAAAUAGAGGAAGACCUGUACAUGUUAAGGGCUUUGAAGGUUAAGUCUUAUAGAUUCUCUUUGUCCUGGCCAAGGAUUUUUCCUGAUGGUAGAAUCAGAUCCCUGAAUGAGAAAGGAGUGGAGUAUUACAACAGACUCAUCAAUGGUCUCCUGGCUUACAAUAUUACUCCAAUGGUAACCAUCUAUCACUGGGACCUUCCUCAAGCCUUGCAGGAUAUUAAAGGUUGGGAGAAUGAGCAGAUGAUUGAAAUAUUCAAUGAAUUUGCUGACUUCUGUUUUGCAACCUUUGGAGACAGAGUCAAGUUCUGGAUGACUUUUAACCAGCCCCAUACUAUUGCAUGGGCAGGCUAUGCCAAAGGAUUGAUGCCUCCCAAUGUGAAGAGUCCAGGAGAUGCCCCUUAUAGAGUUGCCCACAAUCUCUUAAAAGCUCAUGCUAUGGCUUAUCACACUUAUGACAAGAAAUACAGAAGUGUCCAAGGUGGUCUGGUCUCCCUAAGCCUUAAUGCUGACUGGGUAGAACCCAAGGACGUAAAUGUACCCAGAGAAAUAGUGGCUGCUGACCGUUACCUCCAGUUCCAGCUUGGUUGGUUUGCACACCCCAUUUUUAAAAAUGGGGACUACCCAGAUGCACUGAAAUGGCAGGUAGGUAACAAAAGUGAGUUGCAAGGCCUGCCAGAAUCUAGGCUUCCCGCUUUCACAGAGCAAGAAAAGGACUAUAUCCAGGGAACUGCUGAUGUCUUCUGUAUUAAUUCUUAUACCACUAAAAUUGUGCAUCAUGUAACCGCCAGGCUAAAGCCCUAUUCUUAUGAUUAUGAUCGGGAUCUUGGUGAAGCAGUAGAAAAUGACUGGCCUGGUACUGCUAUGAAUGAGUUUAAAGCUGUUGCCUGGGGCCUGAGAAGACUUCUGAACUGGAUAAAGGAUGAAUAUGGCAACCCAGAAAUCUAUAUCACUGAGAAUGGGGUGUCAACUGAUUCAAAAUCUACUGUGGAUGACACAGAUAGAAUGUUCUUUUAUAAAACUUACAUUGAUGAAGCACUGAAAGCUUACAAUUUGGAUGGUGUAAGAUUAAAAGGAUACACAGCCUGGUCUCUGAUGGACUCUUUUGAAUGGCUGGAGGGCUACAAUGUUGGCUUUGGUCUUCACCAUGUGGACUUCAAGAACCCGAUUCGACCACGAACCCCUAAACGCUCUGCUCAUUACUUUUUCCAAAUCAUAAAAAAUAAUGGAUUCCCUAUGCCAGAUGAUGAAAAGCUCUUGUAUGCACAGUUUAGAAAGGAUUUUGCUUGGAGUGUUGCAACAGCAUCUUAUCAGAUUGAAGGAGGCUGGAGGGCCGAUGGAAAGGGAGUGAGCAUCUGGGACACCUUUGCACACACUCCAUUGAAAGUGGGUAAUGAUGAGAAUGGAGAUAUUGCUUGUGACAGCUACAACAAAAUUGAUGAGGAUGUGGCUAUGCUGAAAAAGCUUGGGGUGACUCACUAUCGCUUCUCCAUAUCCUGGCCAAGGGUUCUACCUGAUGGAACCCCAAGGUACAUAAAUGAAAAGGGACUCAACUAUUAUCAUCGUCUUAUUGAUAAACUUCUUGCUGCUAACAUACAGCCACAGGUGACCUUGUACCACUGGGAUCUUCCUCAGGCCCUGCAGGAUGAGGGGGGUUGGGAAAAUGAAACCAUUGUACAGAGAUUUAAGAGUUAUGCUGAUGUCAUUUUCAGCAGGCUAGGGGAAAAAGUGAAAUUCUGGAUCACAAUCAAUGAGCCCUAUAAUGUGGCAAACAUAGGACAUGGCUAUGGAACAGCUGCACCAGGAAUCAGCUUUAGGCCAGGUACAGCACCUUAUGUGGUUGGCCAUAACCUUCUUAAAGCUCAUGCUGAAGCCUGGCACCUUUAUAAUGACAAAUACAGACAAAAGCAGGGUGGACUAAUCUCCAUUACCAUCAACUCAGACUGGACAGAGCCAAGGAACCCUUACAAACAAGAGGACAUUGAUGCUGCUAGGCGCGUUCUACAGUUUUAUAUAGGAUGGUUUGCUCACCCUGUGUUUAAAGGAGAUUAUAAUGAAUUGAUGAAGACAAGAAUUCGAGAAAGGAGCUUGGCUGCUGGUCUUUCAAAGUCUCGCCUUCCAGAGUUCACAGAAGAGGAGAUAAGGAGAAUUAAAGGUACCCAUGAUUACUUUGGAUUUAAUCACUAUACUACAGUCCUGACAUUUAAUGUGGAUUAUAAGAAUCUUCAGCAUUAUGAUGCGGACAGGGGGGCAGGAACAAUUGCCGAUCGUGCCUGGCUGGACUCUGGGUCAGCAUGGCUAAAGGUCACACCAUUUGGGUUUAGAAGAAUCUUAAAUUUCAUUAAGGAGGAAUAUGGGAACCCCCCUAUUUAUAUCACCGAAAAUGGUAUCUCUGAGCGUGGCCCUAUUAAUCUGAAUGAUGACCACAGAAUUCAUUACCAUGAUAACUAUAUCAAUCAGGCUCUGAAAGCUUAUAUUUUUGAUGGUGUGGAUAUUCGAGGAUACACAGUCUGGACACUAAUGGAUAAUCUGGAGUGGGCUACAGGCUUUGCAGAGAGGUUUGGUUUAUUCUAUGUUAACCAGUCUGAUCCUAGCUUGCCUCGCAUUCCCAAGAAAUCUUCCAGACGAUAUUCCACAAUCAUACGGUGCAACGGAUUCCCAGACCCAACACAAGGUCCUCAUGGUUGUCUUCAAAUAGAACCAGAAAGUUCUACCACAGCUUCCACUGUCAUGAAGCCCACAGACACUCCCAGACCUUCCCCAAUACAAAGAAUUAAUUUCCUGGGGAUGGAAGUAUCAUCGUCUGAUGCAGAAGUUGCUCUUUACAUUCUCUUAGCUUUUUCAGUAGUUGGUGCAAUUACAACCUUUUUUGUAUCAUACCGGUAUUUGAAAACAAAAUCAAAUUUUAAACAUCAUGUUGAAAACAUUAGUCUGCAAUGAAUGAAAGAAAAGAAUCAAUUGGUGCUUUUGUUCCUCCUUCAACAGUUGAUACUGAGUCCCCUAAUUUUAUUGUAUGAAGACAAUUAGUAUUUUUUUGUGUUUUACAAGCAAAAGA